AUGUUCUUUAGAAUUUCUUCUCUGACUAUUUCACCAAGUCAAAUUGUAAUUGAUGGUGUAAAUUACACUAGAUCAAAUAAUAACGAAAAUUUUGUUAUUAGAGAAUUAUCUAAAGGUAUAGCAUUUGAAUCUGAAUUAACGAAUUUGAAAUUAGAUGUACGUGCAAAACAUUUUAAUCAAAUUGUUAAUUUAGAUGCUGUUGAACAUUUAUAUAAAAAAAGAUCUGAAAAACUGAAUAUUUCAAAGAAAAGAAGAUUGAAUGAUGAUAUUUUAAUUGAUUAUGCACAAAAACAUAUUGUAAAAAAGCGUAAGGUUCAAAAUAUUAGUGAAAAUGAUUAUUAUCAUCUGGAAACUAAUCUAUUCAAUGCAAUUAAGUACCAGCAAAUCAACUUACCUGAUUUAGCAUGUGUGGCAUUAAGUUUCAUUUUGAAAGCAUCAUAUACAUCUUCUAUUCAUAAUUUUGUGUCACUUUUCCAGAUUGGAAAUUCAAAAACAAGUGACGUGGGUUAUAACUACCUUGAUAUAAAUAAUGCUACAUAUUUAGUUGGUUGGGAAUUAAAUAAUUGUCCAAAUGGUAAGGUGAAAGCUGCAGUUGAUAGAAUUAUGGAACAAUCUAGAGUAGAAGUUGAAGAACUAAAAAUGAUUUGUUUUAAAGUUGAACAUGAUGGAUGGUACGCAAAUGUAAAAAUGGUGUUAUGGGAAAAUGACCAACCAUCAAUCGAUGGUCCAAAAGUAAAUGAAAUAAUUGAUUUAACUAAAUAA